CAAAUCAAAAAGAAAUUUAGUGCCGACUUCGCUUCCUUGUUCGAAGUGAAAAUGGCCGUGGAUACCAACUUCGCUUCCUUGUUCGACAAUCUGAAGGUCGAAGAUCCAUGGCUUCCUCCUACGACAUGGGAGUCCAUCCCUUCCCAAAAUGGAGCUCGUCUCUCCUCUCCUCGUCCCUAUCACUCCUCUCCUCCUCAGCCGCCUCUGCAUCGACCAUCCUCCGUCUCCGAGGCAAGUUUAGUGAGAUUAGCGUUGAAUGCACUGCAAGGGAUGCAAUCAGCUCUUCUUAGCAUCCAAAAGCUUUCUGCUGCAUUUUGUUCUGAUCCUGCUGAUAGGUCCAACCAUCAAAUUAGUAGUCUAUGGAACCGGUCUUCGAGCACUCAUGCAUUAGGAAAGAUUCUCAAUUCCAUAGGCUGCUUGGGUUCUCUGGUCUUUCUUCUCCGUAAAUUUGUAGAUAAUUUUUCGCAUAUAAAUGUGGAUGUGCAUUCAUCAGGAAACAGGCAUGAACAUCCUGAAGCAGUGUAUGAAAGCCAAAAUGACAGCAAUAUCCACGAGGGAGAGCGUCUUUCUUACAGUCUAGUUAAUCAGGCAUUUGCUGUAGCUGUAGGGAAGGUAUUAGAAGGGUACAUACGCGCUCUGAAUACACUGUAUGCAUCGGCAAGAUUGAGGCAUCCGUCAAAAAUUUUUGAUGUGGCUUUGCAAGAGUCGUAUGAGGAAGCAUGCCUCACAAGCAUAGUGCAUUCUAAAGUUACGCUGUUGGAGGUGUAUACGCACACAAAUGAAUUGAGGACUCAGAUUGAAGCUCUUGGAAACAUAUGCAACCUGCAUAAUAUAGCACAUUCCUUCUCAUUGACUUCUCUAGAGGAUUUAACUGCUAAAGCAGCGUUGGAGAUUUCUAACUUCUAUAGAGGAGGACAUCUUCUUACUUACUUAUAUAUGCAACUGCAGGUUGCUGAUCCUGCUCACCAUGCUCUACUCAAGUUCCUCUUUCUUCGCUCAUCUGAACCAUAUUGUGAAUUUAUAAGAUCAUGGAUAUUUAAGGCUGAGAUUAGUGAUCCAUAUAAGGAGUUCGUAGUAGAAUAUGUUGAUGAUCCACCACCUGAUCUACAUUGUAAUGUUGGUAUCCCUUUUGACUUCCCAUUGGCAAGUAUUAGGGAUGGUGUUGCUGUUCCUUGCUUUCUGAAGGACUUUUUGAUUCCAAUUAUCAGGGCUGGUCAGCAGCUUCAAGUUCUAAAGAAGUUGCUUGAAUUGUGCAAUUAUACUGGCCCUGGUGACUAUACUUAUGAGGAUUUUCUUCCCAUUUGCAGUGGAUAUUUAAGUGAUGAUUUGUUUUGUAUAUCUCCAAUGAUUUUCACCAAAGGAAAUUUAGAAGCUAUGGUAACUGCAAGGAACAACUAUUACAGAAAAAUGUUGGAAAAGCUUGGAAAUUUAUUGACUAAGUUGGACUUUAGAUAUCAACAGGUAGUUCCACAUGUUGCCGCGCCUAUCUUUCUUGACAAUAGUGGAGGCAGCUUAAAGAGUGAAGUCUCAUUCGCUUUGAAUGAUAGGUUGAUUGUCCCUCCAACAACAGACAAACGGGGCUCAAAUGUACUUCUAAUGACUCAUCUCCCGUUUCAUCAUCACCUACUUCGGUCAUGCCUCUGCAAUAGCUACUCCUCCUUUUGCUGUUCGAAAAAGGCUGCUGAUAGAACAGGUUCUAAUGAGACUGAUACUAGAGAUGAAUUCUGUUGGUUGGAUACACCUGAACCUGAUGCGUCUGAUUGUUCAUCUUUAAGUGGUUCUGAAGAGCUUGUUGAUGCUGAGCAACUUUCUGAGUGUCCUAAUAGCUUGGUUGGGCAGGAUCAAAGAUAUUUAUCUUCAUUGAGGUUUUCCAUUAGUUGCAGCAUUGACAAUGAUAUGUCACAUGAUAUGAAAAGCAAUUCACCUGCAGAUGGUCUAAAGAAUUAUGCUCUUAGCCACUUCGUGCAAUCCUAUCAUAAGGAAAAAACUUCCAGUCACAUCUUUGUGCCACCAGGUUACAGAUUUUACUGGAGGUCACAUCAAUGCAAAUUGGCCCUUGAACUGAAUGAAGGAGAUACAGAAUCCAUGAAUGAAGGUCUACCAUAUUUUAGCAAAAUAACUUCCAUGAUAGAUGAGCCCUUGGGUGAGAAUCAACUUGCAAAUGGCUGUCAUAUUUCAAAUUCAUCUGUGUUGCAACCAUGGAAGGAUAAUUACCACAGCAAUUUUUUCAGUAGAAACCCAAUGCUGAGCAAAUAUUCAUUCUUUCACUCAACUGACAAACCUGGACGGAAAUGCAGCUCAGGAUAUGCACAGUCAUUACCUUGCUUUGACUUUUCAGCUGUGGAAAUCCCUUUCAAGUUAUCUGUGGAGAGGCUAGCUCACAGUUCAAGACAAGAAUUUGAGUCUCAGCUUCCUUCCCCUGAUCCUACUACUAAGAGCCAAGACAAAAAUGAACAAGAGUAUGGUGGUGAUGGUUUCUUGACCAAUAAAGGCAGAACGUCUUGGCCUUGCUCACCAUUAGACUUGAAGGCACAAGGCCAAGAGGGUCAUAUUUCAACAAAGCUUAUAGGUGGGAGGAAUUGGGAGAGUUUGCUUAAUAAUUAUAGUUUCACUAAAAAGGAAAGUGUUUUAGAGCACAAGGAGGGUUUGUUGCCCUUAUUUGAGAUUCCACUUGAUAUCGUUAUUGAUAAAUGCCUGCUGCAAGAAAUUUUGCUACAAUACAAGUAUGUUAGUAAGUUAGCUAUCAAGCUGCUUGAAGGGUUUGACUUAUAUGAACAUUUUCUGGCACUGCGGCGGUACUAUUUUAUGGAAGUAGCAGAUUGGACAGAUUUGUUUAUCUCGUCCCUCUGGCAUCAUAAAUGGUGUGCUUUGGAGGCAAACCAGAGAGUUUCUGUGAUUCAAGGGUUCCUUGAGUUGUCAAUUCAGAGGUCUUCAUGUGAACGAGACCCUAACAAGGAUCGGUUGUAUGUGUAUAUGAAGAGAAAUUCUGCAAUGCCUCUUUCAAUAUCUGCUAUGGGAGUCCAUUCCUUCGAUUUUUUGGGUUUGGGUUAUCAAGUGGAUUGGCCAGUCAGUAUAGUUUUGACACCUACUGCAUUGAAAAUUUAUGCUGAUAUAUUCAAUUUUUUGAUUCAAGUGAAGCUUGCGGUUUUCUCUUUGACUGAUGUAUGGUCCUCAUUAAAGGACUUGAUUCACUUUAUUAGUAAAAUGAGUCGCUCUGCCACACGUCAGAGGGAAAUGAACCAGUUUAAUAUGUUUAUCAAGAUGAGGCACCAGGUCAAUCAUUUUAUCUCUACUUUACAACAGUAUGUGCAGUCACAAUUGUCUCACAUAUCAUGGUGCAGGUUUCUUCACAACCUUAAGUACAAGGUCAAAGACAUGAUGGAUCUGGAGUCAGUGCACAUGGAAUAUCUAACUGAUUCCCUAAACAUAUGUUUUCUAUCUGAUGAAACACGGCCUGUAGCCAGCAUCAUAGAAAGUAUUUUGCAAUGCGCCUUGGACCUCCGGUCUUGUCUUACCUGCAGCAUGUGGGAUGUAGGACUGGAUCAAGAAGACUCGCUGGGUAAACUUUCCAGAAUCAACAUGUCCCAGGUGCUUGACGUAAAGCAGAAAUUCGACAAAAAUCUGAAAGAAUUGCAUCUAUGUUACCUCAAGUCACCCAGGCAUGGAAAGUUUGGGCUUUCUUGUUUCUGGGGUUAUCUAAACUACAACGAGUAUUACACAGAAAGGUAACGAAAUGGACCUUCCUGCCGUUUAGGUUUGAAGCUUUGCACUAUGCUUAACAAUGAUGAGAAAUGUGGUUGAGUUAGUCCAGUUAAUUAAGUUAGAUAUCAGAAGGGCAUCGCCGAUAAUUGUUGUUGGUUAACAUAUUUUUGUGGACCUUAUUUAUUUAUAUUUUAAUUUCG